AUGGUUAUUGACUCCGGUCGUGAGAAUGUGUUGUGCCAAGUCCAGGUGCCGCAGCAGGAAAAGCCCAAGGCCCGCCAAUUGCCAGUCACUCUGCUCUCUGGCUUUCUGGGGAGUGGUAAGACCACGCUCUUGAAGCAUAUCCUCAAGUCAGCCAAUCAUGGAAUGCGCAUUGCAGUCAUUGUUAAUGACAUGAGCGUGUUGAACAUUGAUGCGGCCCUCAUCAAGAACCACAAGGUCUCUCAGACGCACGAGAAGCUCAUUCAGUUGCAGAACGGUUGUAUCUGCUGCACCCUACGUGGUGAUCUGUUGUCUGAGUUAGCACAAUUGACCAAGCAAAACGAAAUUGAAUACGUGAUUAUCGAGAGCACGGGCAUCAGUGAGCCCAUGCAAGUGGCCGAAACAUUCACAGCGGAGUUUAGCUCAGCCAUGCUGGAAGCUGAAGAUCAGAUCACCGGUAAUAAUGACGAAGAUGCGAAGAAGAUUCUGAGCGAGAUUGUCGAAUUGGGUGGACUACACACUAUGGCCCGUCUAGACACUACGGUGACUGUCAUCGAUGCCUUCAACCUUCUCUCGAGCUUUGACACGGUGGAGUUCCUAUCGGAUCGAUAUGGAAAGGACGAAAUUGUACCCGAAGACGAGCGAACCAUUUCCGAUCUGAUGGUGGACCAGAUCGAGUUCGCCGAUGUUCUGAUUGUCAACAAGAUUGAGACUAUCAACCAAACAACACGGGAUAAGAUCAUGCAGCUACUGAAGCUAUUGAACCCCGAUGCAAAGGUCCUCACGUCUAGUUACUCCCAGGUAGAUGUGCGGGAGAUCAUUGCGACCGGCAAGUUUGACUUUUUGCGCGCUACCUCUGGUGCUGGCUGGCUGCGUAGCUUGCAUGAGAUGACUAUACAGACAACAGGCAAUGGAGAGCGCCUGGCCCCCAAGCCAGAGACUCUAGAGUACGGGAUCAACAAUUUUGUUUAUUCCGCCCGCCGGCCGUUCCACCCCCGUCGUCUCUUCUCACUGCUCCAUGACAAGUUUAUUCUCCUCCAAAACAAUGAACUUGAUGACGAUUCCGAUGAAGAAGACGACGGAGAGUCCGUAGAUGAAAUGGACACCGAUACCGAGUCUGUGGAAGACUUUGAUCAACCAGACCCAAAGGACAUCCUCAACAACAAGCGAGUGCACCCUGCAUUCGGCCCCGUUCUCCGCUCGAAAGGCUUCUUCUGGCUGUCCACUCGGCCUUUCCAAUUUGGUGAGUGGAGUCAAGCGGGCGGCAUGUUAACCGUGGGUUGCGGGGGGCCCUGGUUUGCGGAAAUGCCCGAGGAUGCGUGGCCCGAGGACAAGGAUGUCAUCGAAUCAAUUCUGAACGACUUCCAAGGCCCCUGGGGAGAUCGGCGCCAGGAACUGGUGUUCAUCGGCGAGGGGAUCGACCAGGAACAGAUCACCACCAUUCUAGACGAGUGUUUGCUGGAUGACAAGGACAUGAAACUGUGGGAGAAGGUUAUGAAAAACAAGAAACUCAGUCAGCAGGCCAAGACUAAGAAGCUGGCCAGUCUGUGGGAAGAUGGUUGGGAGGAUUGGCCUGCUUUUGAGAUCGAGGAGGAACAAGUUGGCAAGCACAGGAUCAGCGACUAUAGUACUAGCCAUGAUCACAAAGGCCAUAAGCACGGCCGGUAG